UCCUUCCCGGUUCUGGGCGGGACUGUGCGCGGCGGCCGGGAGCGGCGGGCGGCGGUGGCGGUUGGUGAAGGGCAAUUGCGGUAAUGGACUGACUGGUAAAGAUGGAGAGAGGGAGAGGAGGAGGAGGAGCAGGAGGAAGGAGUGUGGGGGGCUCCAGCCUGCACAGGAGCAUUUACUCCCAGUCUCAACAGCAGUAUCACUAUCCUGCCUCCUCUCAGGGGGGCUGCAUGGAGAUCCAGGAGCUAGCCUCCAAAAGGGUGGACAUCCAGAAAAAGCGAUUUUAUCUGGAUGUGAAGCAGAGUUCCCGAGGCCGCUUCCUGAAGAUAGCGGAGGUCUGGAUAGGAAGAGGCAGGCAGGAAAAUAUCAGGAAAAGCAAACUGACUCUUUCCUUGUCUGUGGCUGCUGAGCUGAAGGAUUAUCUGGGAGAUUUCAUAGAGCACUAUGCCCAUUUGGGCCUCAAAGGCAGCCAGAGUCAUAGACAUGAACACAGUAAUGGCAAAGAUCAAGAUUUGAGAAGGCGGCAACAGCAUCAUCUGCCUUCGCCUCCAGCAUCUGUUGAAUCCGAAGAGCAUCCUCACAGUGUCCUGAAAACUGAGUAUAUAGAAAGAGACAACAGGAAGUAUUAUCUAGACCUGAAGGAAAAUCAACGUGGGCGUUUCUUAAGGAUUAGACAAACCAUGAUUAGAGGACCGGGCAUGAUAGGUUAUUUUGGCCACAAUUUGGGACAGGAACAGACUAUUGUCCUUCCAGCCCAAGGGAUGAUUGAAUUCAGGGAUGCUUUGGUCCAGCUAAUUGAAGAAUAUGGGGAGGGAGAUAUAGAAGAACGAAGAGGUGGGGGUGAUGAACCCCUUGAGCUUCCAGAGGGGACUUCCUUCAGGGUGGACAACAAGCGGUUCUACUUUGAUGUGGGAUCUAACAGGUAUGGCAUUUUUUUGAAGGUAAGUGAGGUGAGACCACCUUACCGUAACACCAUCACUGUCCCGUAUAAAGCGUGGACAAGGUUUGGGGAAAACUUUAUCAAGUAUGAAGAAGAAAUGAGGAGAAUUUACAACAGCCAUAAAGAGAAAAGAAUGGAUGUCACAGGUGACAGUGGUGAAGAGCAAGAGGGUCUGGAAUAGAGUGCGUUUGAACUGGUCGUCAGGCAAAACAGAAAACCAUAAAUUGGCUAGAGGUAGUUUGAAUAUUUAGUAGUUUGAAGAAGUUGCCCCGCAUUUUUUGUAAGUCCUUUUCCUGUUGUUAGUAAUAACUCCAGUAUAUAAUACUUCUGAAGUCUGGUUAUGUUAAAUGACACCCAACACAUCUCUCUAAUUCCUAUGGGAAUAUCAGCCUCCCAAAUCUAAAUGAAUCAGCUGUUUCAAGUAUUGAAGACUAUGAAAGUAUGCAUAUCAGCACAAAAAUCUGACAUUCUGACCUUUAAAUAGUCUAGGUAAGGCUUGUGUUGCACUAGAACAUGAUACAAAAAAGCCAGACGUACCUUAUGCUGAAAAGUAUUGGUUUCUGCUUAUGACGGGUUUUCCAGAACUGAAUAUUGUCCAUGCUGAGUUAAAAUCUGAAAAGCUUAACUACAGGUCAUUUACCACAAAAAUUGACUUUGUAUGCAUUUUAUCUACUUAUACGAGGAAAGGUAGACAUUUUAAAUCAGUGUUCACUAAUUACUGAAUUUUAAGCAAUGUUCUUUAUGGAUAAAAUCUCGAUAGCAGGUCAAGCCUUUAUAAGGGAUUGUCAAGGAGUGGAAUAUUAAUUUCUUAGCUUAAUUAUUCUGUGGUAACCAAAAAAUUCGAGUGCCACAGAAAAGUAAAGCAGUGUUUUAAUUGUGAUGGGUUAUCCCAAAUUAAUGAAAAUAAUCCAUUCUUCAUCUACAUAUUACAUCAUGUAAGGUUGAGGAUUUUUUAUGUGCUCUCAAAAUUUCAAAAAACUAUUUUUAUAUUGUUGGUAGUUUGGGGGGCUCUAGCAAGGAGCUGGGAAGUGGGCAUUUUGGUGGCUGAAUGUUUGUUGCAAGUGGGUUUUCAGGGUUUUCUCCCAAUUGUAUGAGUAACACAGGUAUGAUGUUAAAAGUAUGAGGAUAGCUUCUGGUUUCGUCCUUCUACUUUGAGGAAAAACCUUUGGGAGAGUUUGGUGCACCACUUAAUUGGUAUAAAAAUGCUUCUCUAAUUUCACACUUAUUGGUAGCGCAUUUACAAUGCAAUGGCUAAAGCUGUGUCAGCAUUUCCAUUACAAAUUAUUAUUUUUAUAGGUUUUAGUAUUCCAAGAUAAUAUCUAUGCCCCCACCUCCAUCACUCCUUCCCCACCAUGUUAAAGCUGGGGCCAUGAUCCUGCAAUUUGAUUCACGUGGCCAGAUUGUUAGGCCUGCGUGAAGUCCCCUUGAAGACUAUGGAGCUACAACUUCCCACAGAUUGCUGCCUUGAAAUCCAAAUACUCUGCCUGGAGGGGAAAUGUGUAGCAUUAUCUGUUCAGGAGGGUUGAGUUAGAAAGGGGACAGAGAAUAUUCUAAAUGCUUUUGGAUCUCAAAGCAAAAACAGAUUUAUUUUUAUGAAGAAAUUUUUCAGCAUUUAGGGGCCAAUUCAUCUCUCACUGAAAUCAAUGGGAGUUGGAUUGGGCUAUAAAUCCCUUGCUUAGAGACUCCAUUUUGCCUACCUUUUUAAUGUUUUUUUUUUUUUUAAGUGCUACUGUAUAUCUACAGAAAUUUAUCACCACCCAAAUCAUGUUUUUUAAUGAAGUAGCUGAGUGUGCUAUCUUUUAAUCCGAACAGUAAAGUUUAAUCUGUUUAAACACACUUAUCUGCAACCCAAAAUUGUCCCCAGUCUUAAUUUUAAUCUGCCUGCACACUUGAAGGCCACACUAAAUUCAAACACCUUAUCAUGUCUUUGAUCUGAUAUACCAUUAGUAAUAUCAAGAAGGACUGUAUGUGGGGAUUAAGUGAAAAUCUGGCCUUUAGUUUGGGUGCUAAAAAUGAUCAACCUACAAAAAAGCUUGCACCAAAGUCAGCAAAGAACUAUUAGGAACAUGUUACGCCUGUGACCGAAAAGAAAAAUGUAAAGAAGUUAAUUUCACUGUUUUAGGUGAUUCCCUUAGAGCUAACAACCAGUUGGCCUAGUGUCAAAAAAAUACCAUAAACUAAUCACUAAUGUAUUGAUUGCUGUUUCAGAUAUUUUCUAAUCCAAAGCAAAAUUUUCUUAUUUAGUCACUUGAAUUGCUAAUGGGCCAUUUGGGCCAUGACCAAGCAAUUGAAGGUUAUAACCUAAGUCCUAGAGCUAAUGGUUCCUAUUGGAUAGUGAAGUACUUAAAAAAAAAAAAAAAAAAAAAAAAAAAAAAAAAAUACUGAAAUAACAAUUUAUACUAUUGUUGGCUUGAUAGCAGAAUAUUAGUGAAUGAUUCAUCAAUGCCUAAGUUACCAUCUCACUGAUUGCUGCUGCCCAUCACAGUGCCUAAAGUAGUGAUGAACUUGUCAAAACUUCCAGCAAUCUGGAACUAUGAAUGUAAGAACCUUUUUAUGCUCACUUCUCCCCUUGCACCUCAUCUUCUCGUGGAUUUUCCCCUCUACACUCAGCAUCUUCCAGUCUAAAAUAAUGUUUGUAUCACUCGAUAUAAAAAGCUCAUUCAUUGAAAUUGUUCCAACGUAAUAUGUGCAAUGCAGAUAAUCUUGCAUUCCAUGUGUUCUUUUGCUCUUAAUGGAGAAAAAUAUUUUAAUUGUGCAAGUAAUUAGUAAUUUAAAAAAUACAUUUCUUUCACAGGUUUAAAAAACAAACCAGUGCAAAGUGGCAUUGUUAUUGCUAUCAAGUUGCCAUUUUGGAGAAUUAGAGCCAGACUACAUAUUAGCUAUUGAAAGUGCUCCAGUGAAGAUGUAGACCGGUAUCAGUUUGCAUCACUGCUUCAUAAUUAGGUUUCCUGUAUUUAUUAAUUGGCCUUCAGAAAUGCAUUGAUGUAUUGUAACUAUUACCCCAGAAAGUCAGUACCUGCUGGCUGCUGAACAAGCUCAGUUCUCAGCUCUGAUACACAGGUAAGUGUUGCCUUGUGUUUUGUAAAAUCAGCUAGUGCACUUACUCUCACACGGUGAUACGAACCUGAGUAUCUGGGACGACGCUUGAGCCAGCCAUCUGCAGUUAAAACACUGACUACCAGUUUUCCAUAGACAUGUAAAGCACUGAUUGCAAAUACUAUGAUCCAAGCAUAACACCAACAAACUCAAAAUGUAGCAAUGCAAACGUACAUUGAUUACAUUUGGAAACGGGUUCCUCAUUAUUUUUGGCAGUGUGGUCCCAGCUUUAGAGAGCAGCAGUAUGAUGCUUCUUAUGAGCAGAAGGGCCCAUUAUAACACAAAGGAAUAUUGAAUUCCCAGUGCAUUCUAAAUAGAUGGUCAUUCUUUAAGCCCUAAAACUGCCUGACCCUUAAACUUGAGAAAAACACAAGCUUGUUUGCACUAAAGAGCAUGGCCAAAAACAAUUCUAAGAGGACAGGGUGAAAAGCAUCAGUCUGAAUCUCUUGAAUUAAUAGGUUCUCAUGAGAGAAUUUUACAUUAAAGCCCUCACCUCUGUUUUAAAGCUGUGUGGUCCAGGCAGAAAGUCUGUCAGUUCUAUAAUUAAAUAAUAAUGCACUUUAUAUUUUGUAAAUAAUAGAAGCACAUUUCUGCUAUUAGUUUUGUAGGAUGUGCUUCAGUAAUAUAUAGCCUAAAUCUGUAAGAGGUGGUCUCCUGUAUGCACGUCUGUCAGAGCUCUGUUGUAAUCACUUGAUCCAGUUACAAUGGUAUGGUAGAGAAGGCAGGCGCUAUUAAAAAUCCUUUCAAAACCACAAGUCUGAUUUCCACCGCCCCCUCUUCCUCUCCCCCCUCACCCCCCCCCAAGGUAGCAGCCACAAAUCCCAUUAACUUUAUAUGGAGUUGUGGGUGCUCAGCAUCUCUGAAAGAUCAGGCUCCAAACAUUUUGUAAUGAAUGUAUAGCUAUGUUUUGUACUCAUAAUCUUUAUAGAGCUGGGUUCAGUAACUCCAUCUCACUUAGCUUUCUGUGACACUUUGCUGUCACAGAAGCCCUCAUAAUCCCAGAAAUGUUGAUUUGGAGGAGUGGGGCGGAUUAGGUGGGCUUCUGUGGUAUUGAAACUAGCCAGUUUGUAUUGACUCCAGCCAUAGUGUGUAAACUUUCUUUCUUGUUAAAGUACAGAUAUAGUAUGUUGUUGGUUGUAAUAGUGCUAUGGGAGAGUUGGAAAGUUACCUGCACUAGAAUGGUAAGGUUCACCACCAUGGCACUAUGUAGGACAUCUCACCAACUGUGACCAAGUAGACUGUCAAAUUUCAUGAAAUACAGAGAACAUAGCAAACUUAAAAGAAAUUCUUGAUUAGGGACUUUCAGAAGCAGCAAUAUUUACUCCUGCACCUAAGAGAGUGGGGAAUCUAUUUUAAUGCAACAAAACUUGAAAUACACGUUUAAUAUAAAUAUCAAUGAUCUGUGUGUACUUUAUCCAGAAAGAAACUGUGCUUCAAUAUAUUGGCAAUCUGCUCUUUAUCAUAAGUGCUUCAUAUGUGUAUUUAAUAUGUAUAAAUCCAAUACGUGUAUAUUGUAAAUCCACAGUAGCUCAAAGUGAAAUAAUAUAUUUAUCUGAAGUGCACAGUUUAAAGAUGGGACUUAAAAAUCAGUUUCUGCCUGGAACAGUUUGGUUAAAUGUGUUAUUUCACUGAGAGCUGUUACAUAUAUUAUUUAUUGCACCCCUUUUAAGAUUUCUGCAUUUAAAUGUUUUGAUGUAUUAUUUAUUUGAAGUUUGGUGGAGAAGGGGAUGGUAUAUGACUCUCAGUAGAGCUGAAGGAAAAAUAGGAGGAAAAAAAAUAAAAACUUAUUUCAAGGUGUCUCGUGAAAUAAGUAGUCUUAGGCUUUACUGGCAGCUUUGUAUGCAGGUUUACUGUUAGCUGCCAUAGUGUUUCAAAUCUGUCUUUAAAUCCCCAAAUGCUCCAAAUCUUUAGGUAGGAUAAAUGUAAAAUCCCAAAUACGCUGCUAGAAGAGUUUAAAACAGGUUUGUUUGUGUAAAGGCUCAAACGAAAUUAUCAAAACCAAUUUUAACGUACUUUUUCUGCUAAAUGUAUUUUAGUCAAAUGGCUGCAUCCUUUUUCUUCAGUGGCCUAUUAAAAUGACUUAAACUCUAUGGGGAGGAGAAUUAGGAGAACUGUUGCUUGCUUGACUGACAACCCUUUUAACCAAAAGUGGAGUAAUUUUGUGCAGUGGAAAUGCAUUUAUUUUGUGGUUUGGUUUUACUGUACAGUGUUUUCACCGUGUGGAAAAUGAGUUAGUAAGCAGGCUAUAGUCCCAUUGCAACUGUACAUACAUAUGUUUCCUGUAAAUACAAUAUAUACGAAAUCUACAAAAUAAGUCCUAAAAAAACUAUCCAUCUUGUAUUUUAUUUUCUGUGCUAUUUCCUCUAAGGUGAAAAUAUUUUAAUCCUUCUGUGUCAUGGCUUUUAAAAAAUCACCUUGUCUUUUCUAUAUGCUUUUUAAUCAUUCAGAUCUGGAACAGUUAGGUGAGAAAUGAAAAAGUACACUACAUAUAAAAUGCCAGCCACAAACAACUUGAAGUAUUUUCUUAUAUACACAUGCUAUCAACAGAAAUCCUAGAAUUAAUUACAGCAAAGUAUUUAUGGAUCAAGUAUAUGUGUGCAUGUAUUUGUAAUAGUGUACAUGUCAAAUACAUGGAUAGGCAUAUUCACAAUUUUAAAUACAAAUGAAGUCCUAGUCCUGCAACUUUUGCUGAAGCUGACAUAAUCUCAGUGCAAGUAGUCACAUGACUAAGGAUUGCAGACUAGGGCCCAUCAAAUGAUUAUUUUUGAUAGUAGCUCUUUUGCCUUUAAGUUUUGUCCCAUAUCCUGAUUCCAUUGAGGCAGAUGGGAAUUUUUCUAGUGACUUCAGUGGGAACAGGAUUGGACCAAUUUGUGAAUACCGUCUUUAUGAGCAGUUGGGUACUACAGUAUCAAAAAGUUGUAUUUGAAUUUGGAGACCUUAAUCUGCAGUUAUAGUUGUACUGUGUAUUCUCAAUUCAGCAAUGGAUAUAGCUAUUUUACAUUAUUGAUACUAUCUAAGGUAGUCUCGUUGUCCUUUUGCUUUCAUCUGGAGUCAUUAAAAUUUUAUUGUACUACUACAAAAAAUGAAAAGUAAGCAAGUAUGAUUAUUGGACAGUAGCAUAAGAUUUACUCAUUAGAUUUUUUGUUUGUUUAGAGAACCAAAACCUACAUCUGACUACAAUUCUUGUAAAGAUUAUUGAUUUCUCUUUACAUGGCAAAUGCUUGCAGUUCAUUAUUAUGUUAGGAGUCUAUUAGCCCUAUUAAAUCCUAGUUUCUGACUUUGUUUAUGGCAGAAUUUGUGGGGUUACAGAAUAAAAAGAUCCAUGUUAGGAGAAAGGACAUUCCUGGAAUCAGGUAUUUUGAAAUAUUAAAAACAGGCUUUUAGCCCAGCUGUUUUUUAAAAAAAUAAAUAAAUACAAAUCUGUGGAAGCUCUAAAUGUUGGUGACAGCCUAUUAAAUGUUAUGGGAUUAACAGCUCUCUCUAUAACAAAGUGCUUUUCAUGAAAACCUUACCCCACCUGA